AUGGCGGCUGAGGUGACGGCGCAGGCGGGCGGCGGCACCGGCGCGGCGGCGGCGGCGGCUUCUCUCAUCCGUGCGCGGGGCCCCGCAUGGCCGCGGCGGGCAGCGAGCGGCAGGCAAGCGCGGGGGGCCCGGGGCGCCCCGGGGGUGCGGGAGGGGCUCGGCUCCGCCCCCGCCGCGCUAGCCCGCCGCGGGAGCCGCUCGCGCCGCGGCCAUCUUGGAGACGGCGGCCGGCCGGGCUACGGCGGGCGGCGAGGGACACGCUUCCGCGGGCGGCGGGCGGCGAGGGACGCGCUUCCGCGGGCGGCGGGCGGCGAGGGACGCGCUUCCCCGGGCGGCGGGCGCCGCGGGGGCGGCGGCGGCGGCGGGAGCGGCCCGGCGCGGGAGGGCGGGAAGGCGGGCGCCCGGGGCAGGGCUGCGGGCGCGGACGGGCCGGCCGGGGGCGCGGCGCCGCCGUCUGGCUUCGCGCAGCGGGGCUGUGUGCGGCGGGCGGUGCGCGCCGGUGCGCCCAGGUGGUCGGUCAGCGCUGGGCGUGCACCCCGCGCAGAGCGGCGCGGCUUCGGCUAG